AUGGUGGCAUUUGAAGAAAUUAUGGAGCCGAUAAACAGCGAAGAAAAUGAAGAGAUUGAGGAUGAAGAAAUCAACUACGAUGAUCUGAAACGUCGUAUGUGGAAGGAUCGCAUGCGAAUGCAAAUACUCAAGAGGGACAUGAUCAAGGAGGAGGAGUCAGAGGCUAAGCAAGAACAAUCUCGCCGUAAGAAGAUGUCUAGAGCUCAAGACUCCGUCCUCAAGUACAUGGUCAAAAUUAUAGAGAUUUGUAAAGGUCAAGGCUUCGUCUAUGGGAUAGUACCCGAAAAGGGGAAGCCCGUGACGGGGUCAUCGGAUAGUUUAAGAGAGUGGUGGAAGGAGAAAGUCAGGUUUGAGAAGAAUGCCCCAAAUGCUAUUGCUACAUUCUUGCCUAAACUAGUUCAAGAAAAUCAUGUCUUGUUGGAUCCUAAUUCAUGCAUGAAUCUUCUAAAUGACUUGCAAGAUACUACUUUGGGUUCACUCCUUUCAUCUCUUAUGCAACAUUGUAUUCCUCCACAAAGGAGCUUCCCUUUGGAUAAAGGGUUACCUCCACCAUGGUGGCCUACAGGGAAGGAACUAUGGUGGGGUGAUCAAGGGUUUUCACAAGAACAAGGACCACCACCAUAUAAGAAGCCACAUGACUUGAAAAAAGCAUGGAAGGUUAGUGUUUUGGCUGGAAUUAUCAAACAUAUGUCCGUUAAUUUCGACAAAAUGAGGAGGUUGGUGAAGCAAUCAAAGAGCUUGCAAAACAAGAUGACGGCUAAAGAAACAGCUACUUGGUCUAAAGUGGUUAAUCAAGAACAAGUCCUUGUCGAGAUGACAGAAAAAUCUCUCAGGAUUUCGAUAUCAAAAGAUGAUCAAUAUCUUGCUUCGAGGAGAAACGAGAAAAGGAAGGGUACUGUGUUUGAGAGCGACAUAGACAUUGAGGAUAUGUUACAUCAAAACUUAAAUUGCGUGCAAAGUGAGUUAGGAGUUGGAUUUCCCUACAAGAAUUCUAGAAUGGACAAUGAGACAAGUUGUUUUUAUCGCACUAUGAAUGAACAACAAAGUGUCAGGGGAGAGGACGAGUCACUUAAUAUGUUCAUGAACAAUUUUACUAGCUUGCUUGGAGUACCACACGAAGAAAUAAUGGUUGAUGAUGAUCAUCAUGAUUGGAUGAACAUGGAGAUAAAAAGGAACUUCAACAACUACCAUAUUGCACAAAAGGCUAAUGGAGGAUCAAUUGAGGAGAAUUUCCAAGGAUUUUGGGGAGACAAUAAUAAUGUCCUUCAUUAUGGAAACAUGAACUCGAAUGAUACACCAAAAGAAAAUGAACAUCAUCAAUCUCCCCUCUCUGUUUGGGAUUUGGCAUAUGAGGAUACAUUGGAAUAA